AUGGGCGAAGGCAGCCCAGAGCCCGGCUUCAAAGGGCUGCUGGGGGCUCAGCUCCGGGGCUCCACUGCCUCCCCGCAGCCGGCUCCGCUCCCCCGUCCUGCUGCCAGCCAGCCCGGGGUGCAGCCCCCCUGCCCCCGGCUGCGUUUUGCCCCCUGCCCCGGCAGCCUGGGGGCUCCCAGCUGGGCCAGGGGCUUGAGGCGGGCGGCGUGCCGCUGCCCCAACUGCCAGGAGGCGGAAAGGGGGGGUCCCUGCCCCGAGGGGGUGAAACGCAAGCACCUGCACAACUGCCACAUCCCCGGCUGUGGGAAGGCAUACGCCAAGACCUCCCACCUGAAAGCUCACCUGCGUUGGCACAGCGGCGACCGACCCUUCGUCUGCAACUGGCUCUUCUGCGGCAAACGCUUCACCCGCUCCGACGAGCUGCAGCGGCACCUCCAGACCCACACCGGCGCCAAGAAAUUCGCCUGCCCCAUCUGCGGCCGCGUCUUCAUGCGCAGCGACCAUCUGGGCAAGCACAUGAAGACGCACGAUGGGGGCAAGGACGGGGGUGAACCCGAGGUCAAGGGCGCCGGGGACCCGUCGGCCGGCAAGGGAGGCAAGAGGGAGUCCGAGGGGGGUAACGUCGCCCCCACAAACUGA